AUGGUUAAAAAUUGCGAAUCAGGUUUGUCGGCAGCCGUUUCGGCUCGGCUCGCGGGAGGGACGCGGGGCGGGUUGGGCACCGAGCGCUUCUUGACUCUCGAGCGUCUGAGUUGGUCGGUCUUGGUUGACCAGCAUGACCGGACACGCGUCCGAGCCUUCUGCGGGCAUAGCGCGGGCCUCGGGAUAGCGGACGCUAGCGCUGUCUACGAGGAAGCGGAGGCGCAGCCUUCGCGAGCGCCAGCUGUCGCCAUUUUCGGAUAUGUGGCACGGCACCGAUUUGGAAAGGGUGUCGGGGAUCUGCAACUUUGGGUUGCUGGCCGGCGGCGGUUCGCAAAGCGCGCGGCUCACUGUCCACCGGACGGUCGGAAGGAAACCGUCUAUAGGGGCAAUCCCGUUGUGGGGUUCAGAGCCGACAGCACGGCGGUGAUCCACACCACGAUCCAAGCGCUCUGGGACAGCGAGGCGACAGUGCGGUAUGGUCCCGACGGAGUUUUGCUCACCUCCAAUGCGCCCUCAAGAGUUCUUGAGAGUUCUUUCAAGGUCAAGGUGAUCGGCGCUCCCUCCUCGCCAUCUCACGUCAAAAAGGAAGGGUCUUCAGCGGAGCAGACGACGCCGGUGUUUGCAACAAUCGAUUCCGGUGUUCCAGACCUUGGAACGGCGAUUGAGAAGGCUCAAGAAGAGACCAAGGAGGCGCCGGAACGAGAACAUUCCGCUGCGCCGGCGAGAAGGUCUCGGGCUCGAAUCCCGGAAGGGUGUGAAGGUGAGCUGCCAAACUUCUGGUGGAUCCAUCUGCCAGAGGAGUUGUGGCAGAAGGAUGGAUGUUGCCGGCUGUGCAUGGGUCGGACGGGAAUCAAGGGCAAAUGUCCUAUCGAUGACGACCACCUGGUCAGCGACAUCGCCACGAAAGGAUGGCGCUUCUCGAAGUUCUGCCGGUCGGUGAGCAGUGAAGGUGUCCUAGGUAGGGUUAGGGCCGUGGAGCAGGCCUUGGCCAACGCCACUGCAGCGGAAAUCAGGCAUGGGUUCCAGACAUCGUCGCAGGCUGCCAUGUUGGCAGAUCACUCUCAGGGAGGCACCGCCGCGGAUGCCGCCCGAAGAGAACGUCUGGAAAGCUUGAUGAAGGCAGGCCAGAAGGAAGAGAACUCAGGCGUGUGGCUGUCGCCGUGGCAGGCGCAGUUGAAACUAGACGACCGGGCGGCGAAGGAAGCAACCGCUGGUUUGAAUGUCCAGCUGGCGUUGGAAAACGCUCCCGCCAUCCAGAACCUGGAGAUCGAGUAUGUCCGAAACAAGGACGCGCAGGUUCGAGCUGUUGAGCUUUUGCGGCAGAACCCAAAAGCGUCCGUACGAGUUACGGCGUACAGUUUCGACCAACCAGAUGUGGUCGAGAUGAUCAAGGGUCAUCAGGGGUUCGUGCGAAUCCUGGUGGACGCUGGGGUGACACACAAGUCUCGUACGAAGAUGCAACUUCAGAGCAUGAUGAUGCCCUGA